GGUCGGCACGUGGUUGCCCGGGGAGACGGGGCCUGCUCCUCGCCGCCGCCCGGAGAUGGAGGUGCAGAACUGGGCGGUAUCCAGCAGCGAGGAGAGUGAGGCUGAACGGCCUGACACACCGCCCCGGGCUCGGGGCUCGGAGCCGCCACCGCCAGGGCCUAGUAAGGCGAUAAAGUUUCAGUGUCCAUUGGAGUUCACCCCAUGUCCACGUACAACAUUCUGUGAUCUUGUACCAGAGAAAGUGAAUGAUCCCUCUACAGAACUCUGGCUCAUUAAAGCACCCAUAGACUUUGAUCCGCAGAGCUUUUCUGGAAGGAAGAUCCCGUUGGUUGGUUUUCAGACUCUUAAAUCGAAGACGUGCAAGGACAAACUUUACAAUGUGUUUGGCACGCCCAGAGCAGGAGGGGGAGUCUGCCUGGUCCUCCCUUCAGCAACAGAGAGCUGUCCACCGUUUGCUGGUUCCAUCACCAUCGGUGAGAGUUGGGAGGACACUGGUGGUAACGACGAGCCACACUCCAUCCCCACCAGUCCGGCUCCCAGCAUCCCACCAGGCCUCAAGCUGAGGUUCCAGCCCUUUGGCGCAGCCCCACCUAGCCAGCUGCCACAUAAAAAACCCUGCCCGGUAACAGCUGCUGCACCGCAGCUCGGCGACGUGAGGGAGCUUAAGGCCAAGAGGAGGAAGGGGCUGAAAGGAAUGCUAGCGGUCAGCGGAGAUGAGCCUGACCACAAAGCAGUGGCUGACAGUCCGAGAAAGAGGAGAAAGAGCAAAAAAGAGCAGGAGGAAGCUGGCUUCGAACACUCUGAUAUAGCAGUACUGGAUCCCAAGAACAAAAAGCGGGAGAAGAAAAGGAGGAGAGAGAGAGAGAUCCCGCAGACUCCACACGCCCAGGUGAAUAAGGGUCACAAGAAGAAAAAGAAAAAAGAUAAACAUUAAUUGUUCACUGGAACACCUGAGGACAUUACCCAUUUGAAAAAAAAUACUUCUCCAAGCCACAUACAAUCAUCGCUAACCUUAUGGUAAAUAGGCUGUGCUGAACUGCAACGUAUUUGAGAAACUGCCCCUUCCUGUCUGACUGCACGUUUGCAAAUUCCAAGGGUGAUGUACGAUUUCAAGUUCCAGCAGACCCACGUCUCUGUCGUGAUGCAGACGCUUGCUGUUCUGCACCCAGCUCUGUGAUCCCGGAAUAUCCACUGGUUCCUCCUUUCAGGAUUGCUACACUUGUCCCAAUGCAAUCCUUUUGUAUACCGAAGAAUGUGUAUUUUUUUUUAACAAAGAAUAAAUCAGUAUUACUUGGAA